AUGGCCACAAAAACCCAAACCUACCAGCAUAAUACCGACGCUAGUUUAACUGUCCACGAUGAUGUCUCUAUUGACAAACAAAUUGAGAAGUUGAUUAGAUCUCACAAAGAGUUGAGCAUCACGAGAUCCAAUGAGGCAAAUAUCAAUUUUGAAGGUGGCCCGGACUCAGAAGGUUUAAAGCUACUUCCUGCAUCUUCCAGGAAAAGAAUCGAAGCAGAUGGUCUUGAUAUAUCCAAAGGUUAUCCCGAAAUUCCACCAAGGACCCAAAUACCAAUUUUUGUUGACGAAGCACACGCUAUUAGGGCUGAAGAUGCACCUUAUAUUGAACGUGCAAAGAAUGCCGACCCAGAAAAGAAGGCAUUGCUUGGUGCUGCAAAAGAGGUCAUCCAUUUGACUAAAAACGUUGGUACCGAGAUUGUUGGCUUGCAGCUCGCAGACUUGACUGACCAACAGAAGGAUGAGUUGGCUCUUCUUGUUGCGGAGAGAGUCGUUGUCUUUUUCAGAGACCAAAAGCUUCCACCCACUAAACAACAUGAAUUGGGCUCGUAUUUAGGUAAUAUUGAGUAUCAUGCCCAAGUCCCCCACGUGACUGGCUUGCCUGGGGCCACAGUUAUUUGGAACGAUUACAUCAAUAAGAAAGAUUCUAAGCUAAACUUUGCAAAUGCAAACUUAGCCAACUGGGACACACUACGUUACCCUGGCUAUGGUAAUCAGGGGUGGCAUACUGAUUUGGUACACGAACACCAGCCUGCUGGCUACACACAUCUACAUCUUGAUGCCAUCCCGUCAAUAGGUGGUGACACUAUCUGGUCUUCUGGUUACGGCGCAUAUGAUAAGCUGUCAGACGAAUUUAAGAAGUUCUUGGAUGGUAAGAAAGCUGUUUACGUUUCAUCGCAUGCUUACUUAGAUAGAGAAGACCCACUAGGUGGACCAAAAAAGAUUGAGAGAGUCCAUCCGUUAGUCAGAACCCACCCGGCGACGGGUUGGAAAUCUCUCUACGUUAAUAGAGGUUUAACCAAAAGAAUUAUUGGGGUUUCUCCAGUCGAAUCGGAUUUGAUCCUUAACUACCUCUUUGACAUUUACGAGAAGAAUGCAGAUAUCCAAGUAAGAUUUAAGUGGUCUCCAACAAAGGAGGGCUAUGGUACUUCUGCUAUCUGGGAUAACAGAAUCUCACAGCAUAGAGCCGUUUGGGAUCACGAGGGUGAAGAGUCUAGGCAUGGUACCAGAGUUACCUCUUUAGCUGAAGUUCCAUUCUUUGAUCCGGAAUCAAAGUCUCAGAGAGAAGCAUUAGGCAAGCCGAUUCAUAAAUGGGAUUGA